AUGGCAGACAACAAUAGGCUCUCGUCCGAAGACAAGGUCGAUUUUUGCACCCUGGGCAUGUUCAUCCUUGACGACAUUGACUUCGAAGGAACAAGACCCCCCGUCAAGAAUGUCCUCGGUGGCGCUGCAUCUUAUGCAGUCAUUGGCGCACGCCUCGUUGCUGGGAAAGAGUAUGCGCGAUCCGUGAGCUGGAUUGUUGAUGUCGGAUCCGACUUCCCCACAGAGGUUCUAGAUGUUCUCAGAUCCUGGGAUACAAAUUGUAUCAUAAGAGAAGAUCAUGGGCGACUUACCACAAGAGCCUGGAAUGGCUACGGGCCGAACGAAAAGAGGGAUUUCAAGUAUUUGACACCCAAAUUGCGGCUAGAGCCGUCAAUGCUAUCGGACUUACAAGUGCUUUCAAAGACCUUCCAUAUGGUCUGUUCCUCGUCACGCUGUAUGUCUAUUGUGCAGGAAAUCUUGCGACGGCGGGAGCAGUUACAACAAGAGGGCAACGUACCCUUGUCUGUCUCGGCCACGCAGCGACCUGUCUUCGUCUGGGAACCUGUCCCAGACCUUUGCACUCCUGAAGAGCAAGAAACCUUCUUGGCUGCGAUAAAAGUCGUAGACGUCGUGAGCCCUAAUGAACUAGAGCUUGGGAUUAUGUUUGGCCAACCCGGCUGGAGCGAAGAGACAAGCUACGGGAAAGCUAUUGUGGAGAGGAUUCUUUCCCAAGGCAUUGGGCUUGACGGGAAUGGACAUCUCGUUAUCAGAGCUGGUAAAGAUGGCAGCUAUUCGUUUUCCCGAAAGCAGAGAAUCUGGCUGCCCGCGUACCACCAGCCCGAUACGUCGAUGCCGUCGCCUGUGGUCGAUCCCACUGGAGCCGGAAAUUCAUUCCUGGGAGCAUUGACUCAAGGAAUGGUCAGCUCGGGUAGGGCUCCAGCCAAUAUUGUCGAUUUGGUGCUCGCGCAAUCUACGACCUGGCGAAGAGCAAAGGAGGCUGGCGGCGCCCAUGAGCAUUUCCUAUCAGCUCUAGUCUUCGCUACCGUAGCGGCGAGUUUUGUGGUUGAGCAGAUUGGUGUACCGCAGGUUUCUACAUCUACCGAUGGAAGAGAGCUUUGGAACGAGACUGAGUUCACGGAACGGGUCCGCCUGUACACACAGCGCUUGUAUCGAACACUUGAAGAGUCUCCUCAGAAGCACUUGCAGAUCAACUGA